GAUAAACGAGGCUUUAGACUGACCCCAAGCACUUUGAAUCCUUCGGGGGGCAAAACGAAAGACUCCGAGUGAAGCAAACGCGGGCACAGGAAAAUCCUAGCACACAGAGUGGAAAGCAAUCGGAAGCUUCAAAAGGAUGGCGCUUUCUGGGGACUUGAGGAUCUCUGCAACACUGGGCUCCUACCCUAUGUCCCUUCGAAGCUUUUUGCGUCCUUCAAAGGUAGAGUUCUCUGGUUUCCUGAAUGGAGGAUCAAGCAUGGCUGAAGUCAUACCCAAAUGGCCUAGCAUGUCACUUUAUAACUGCAAUAUGCGUGGUCGUCCCAAGCACAUUUCUGGUGUCACUGGAGAGAGUAAGUUGUCUCUGAAAUCCAUCAGUCAAGAAUCUGAGAGCUUCCUCCUUGAUGCCAUUAACCUGAGCUUUUUCGAACGUUUAAACUUGGCUUGGAAGAUAAUGUUCCCAUCACCAGCAUCUAGAAACAGCUCUAAUGCUAGGAUUGCCAAGCAGCGCUUGAAGAUGAUUCUCUUCUCUGACCGAUGUGAAGUGAGUGAUGAGGCAAAAAGGAAGAUUGUCAACAAUAUUGUGCGGGCUUUAUCAGAUUUCGUGGAGAUAGAAUCGCAGGAUAAAGUUAAUCUGAGUGUCUCUGCCGAUUCAGACCUUGGAACCAUUUAUUCCGUCACCGUACCUGUACGGCGGGUGAAACCCGAGUAUCAAGAUCUGGAUGAGGCUGGAGCAAUAACAAAUAUCGAGUACAAGGAUACCGGAGAGAGUUCAGGUUCUGUUGAUGUUAGAUUUGAUUUCUUCAUUCCAGAUUAAAAGGUCCCAUUUGGAUGCGUAGCCACCGGCCAGCGAGCCAACUUUAAAAUUUGUAAAUAUAUCCGAUGUACUUAAAGAGAUUGAAAGUUUUGCUGCUUUUCAAUUUGUACUUUGUAGUUAAUUUGAUGUUUUGGCUUGA